CCCGCCACUGGGCAGCAUAAUAGCAUAACAAGAAUGUCUAAUUUAUUCACACAGUCUUCAAAGUGAUCAAUGCCUUAUUUUGGACACAACAUUUUUUCCUUCCCUCUCUUUUCUAACAAAAAACCAGACAAAAUGUCCUUCACUAUCGAAACUGGCUUGGCUUUCAAGAUUUUGAACGGCUACUUUGAGAACGCUUCCUACGUCAAGGGUUUCGAAGCCUCUGAUGCUGAUAAGGCCGUCUUCGAUUCUCUUCCCGAAGGUCCUUCCCCCUCUGCCUACCCCCAUUUGGCCAGAUGGUACAACCACAUUGCCGCCGUCAAGGGCUACACCGUGAAGUAAGUUGGAUAUUGUCGAGGACCCAGUGUGGUUUGCCAUGGUUACUAAUGGAGCCAUUGGUUUUAUUUUUUUCUCUCUCUUUUCAGGGCUGCUGUUGAAGGUGCCACCGUUGCUGCCAAGACCGAGAAGGCUGCUGAAGAAGAUGAAGAUGACAUUGAUCUCUUCGGUUCUGACGACGAGGAUGUU